AUGACAACAAUGGAAGGGGCCAGCGGGUCGAGCUUUGGGAUAGACACGAUCUUGUCCGGUGCCAGCUCGGGCAGCCCGGGCAUGAUGAACGGAGAUUUCCGCCCGCUCGGCGGCGGCGAGGCGGCGAGGACCGCGGAUUUUAGGAGCCAGGCCACUCCGUCGCCCUGUUCCGAGAUCGACACCGUGGGAACGGCGCCUUCCUCUCCCAUCUCGGUCACCAUGGAGCCCCCGGAGCCGCAUCUGGUGGCGGACGGGCCCCCGCACCACCACCACUUGCACCACGGCCAGCCGCCGCCGCCGCCCGCCGCGGCCCCCGCGCCGAGUUUGCAGCCUUCGCCGCCGCAGCCGCCACCGCCGCCCGCGCAGCAGCUGGGCUCGGCCGCCUCCGCCCCCCGGACCGCAACCUCUUCCUUUUUAAUCAAGGACAUCCUGGGCGACAGCAAGCCCCUGGCGGCGUGCGCGCCCUACAGCACCAGCGUCCCCUCGCCCCACCACACCCCGAAGCCGGAGGGCCCCGCCGCGCACGAGAGCUUCAGGCCGAAGCUGGAGCAAGAGGACAGCAAAACCAAGCUGGACAAGCGGGAGGAUUCCCAGAGCGAUAUCAAAUGCCACGGAACAAAGGAGGAAGGAGACCGGGAGAUCACGAGUAGCCGGGAGAGUCCCCCUGUGAGAGCCAAAAAGCCUCGCAAAGCCAGGACGGCUUUCUCGGACCACCAACUCAAUCAGCUGGAGCGUAGCUUUGAGCGGCAGAAGUACCUGAGCGUGCAGGACCGCAUGGACCUGGCAGCUUCGCUCAACCUCACCGACACCCAGGUCAAGACCUGGUACCAGAACCGCAGGACAAAGUGGAAGCGGCAGACGGCGGUGGGCCUGGAGCUGCUGGCCGAGGCGGGCAACUACUCGGCGCUGCAGCGGAUGUUCCCGUCGCCCUACUUCUACCACCCGAGCCUGCUGGGCGGCGUGGACAGCAGCGCGGCCGCCGCGGCCGCCGCCGCCAUGUACAGCAGCAUGUACCGGACUCCGCCCGCGCCGCACCCGCAGCUGCAGCGGCCGCUGGUGCCCCGCGUGCUCAUCCACGGCCUGGGCCCCGGCGGCCAGCCGGCCCUCAACCCGCUGUCCAACUCCAUGCCGGGCACCCCGCACCCCCGGUGA